AUGUAUUUCGAGCCUGUGGAAGGGCAUACAACCGGUAUCCGAUCAGAUAGACGGAAACGGGUCCUAUUCGUGGUGUUCGAUUACUUUCCGUUCCUCGCACACCGAGGCUUACACAGACCCCAACCGCACUAUUGGCCUACCUUCCUCUCUCGACUGAUACUCAAAAAGUUCACCGUGCGAUCGCUCCCAUUCUCAAACUCAGCGGUGCGGGCGAGUACGUACGUAGGGAAUAUCCUUCGAGAUGUGGAAGAAGUUGAGGUGAAUAAGUAG